CAACCCGCUAAUGGAUUUUGAGAAAGAAUCCAUGAGUCCAAAUUCACUACCCCAUACUGCCCCUAUAAAUCGGAAGUAAACAUCACACGUGAAUCCUGUUUCCACAAAAAGCUGAUACCCUCAUUCAUCGGUCGCGGAAUCUGCCAAACACACUCAUUUUGAAGCCAUCGCAUGAUCCAAUCAAUCGCCUUCUCUCUCGCGGGUUAGUUUUUGAUAAAAGCGGGAGGGGAGAGAAACGAAUUGAAGAGAGAGAGAGAGAGAGAGAGAGAGAGAGAGUGAUCCAAUCCAAGCAGCCAGCAGCCAUGGAAGAUGAGAGCUCGGAGAGCCGGAAGAAAGCCAAGCUGGCGAUAAUCGAGCUGGCCAACAUGAUCAGCGUCCCCAUGUCCCUUCACGCCGUCGUCCGCCUCAACGUCGCCGACGCCGUCUGGCAGGGCGGCGCCAACGCCCCUCUCUCCGCCGGCGAGAUCCUCUCCCGCCUCCCUCCUCGGACUAUUUCUUCCUCCGCCGCAUCCGCCGGUGAUCCGGAGAACCUCCAGCGGAUCCUCCGAUUGCUCUCCUCCUACGGUGUGUUCGACGAGCACAUUCUCGCCACCGCCGCUGGCGAGGCCGGAGAGAGGAAGUACUCGUUGACGGAGGUCGGGAGAACUCUCGUCACGGAUUCCGACGGGCUCUCAUACGGGUCGUACGUCCUCCAGCACCACCAGGACGCGCUGAUGAGGGCGUGGCCGCUGGUUCACGAGGCGGUGGUUGACCCCACGACGGAGCCGUUCGCGAAGGCCAACGGCGAGCCGGCGUACAGCUACUACGGGAAGCAGCCGGAGAUGAACGAGCUGAUGCAGAAGGCCAUGUCCGGCGUCUCCGUGCCGUUCAUGAGAUCCAUGCUGGACGGCGGCUACGACGGGUUUGACGGCGUCAAGAGGUUGGUCGACGUCGGCGGGAGCGGCGGGGAUUGCCUGCGGAUGAUCCUACGCAAGCAUCCCAACGUUCUCGAAGCGAUCAACUUUGAUCUGCCCGAAGUUGUGGACAAAGCGGCCUCCAUUCCCGGAGUGACUCAUGUUGGUGGCGACAUGUUCAAGUCCAUACCUAACGCUGAUGCCAUCUUCAUGAAGUGGAUUCUGACGACCUGGACCGACGAGGAAGUGAAGGCGAUACUGUCGAACUGUUACAACGCGCUGCCGGAAGGAGGGAAGCUGAUAGCCUGCGAGCCGAUGCUGCCUAAGGACUCCGACGACAGUCACAGGACGAGAGCCCUGUUGGAAGGAGACAUAUUCGUGAUGACCAUCUACAGGGCCAAAGGCAAGCACAGGACCGAGGAAGAGUUCAAGCAGCUUGGUAUGGCUGUUGGGUUCUCAAAUUUCAGGGCGUUGCACUCUGUGGAUUACUUCCACACCGUGCUAGAGUUCCAGAAGUAGUAGUAGUAGGGAGGGAAUUAGUUCUGUGACUGACUUCCAUUGGUAUGUCUCGUUUGAGUACUUAAGUUAUGUGAUGUGGCUAAUCGAUAAUAUUGGCUUUACGGAAUGAUGUUAUAAGUUCCAUAGUUGAACUGGAUCAGUAAUUAAACCCAAAAAAGGCACGAAUCACCAUUUUCCCACAACGCUAAAGUAAAAACCAUAAUCGUGUCAUACUCAUACAUAAACCAACAUCGAAUGCCUGUAUCUAGUGGCUGUGCAGCUGAAAGAAACCCUCUUUUGUGGUUGUUUUAGGACCAUAUAUGAACUAGACAGACAAUGGUGGGGCAAACAGGGCAGGCUGGAUUCAGAUGGAUUGAUGGUGGCUGCUGCGAUGAGACAAAAGAAAGAACAGAGAAAAAAUCAGUGGCAGACUCGUUGUUCUCGCCGCUUCUUUCAUUGUUUCAAUGGGUGGUGGGUGGGUGUCCCAUAAAUUAAUCUCCACGUGCUUCCAAUUAAGGGUGGGUUUAGGUCGACACUAGAGGUGGCAAUUUGAUCGGAUUCGUGGAUUGGUGGAUCCAUGGAUCAGAUGGAUUAGAUCCAAUGGAUUGGUGGAUUCAUGGAUUGGAUCAAAUGGAUUGGUGGAUUGAUCCAUGAAUCCAAAUGACAUCCAAGACUUGGACCAAAAUGUAAAAUUUGAAAAGUUUUGGUACUAAAAUGUCAUAAUGAAAAAUUUUAGGUACC